AUGAAAGGUUUAAUUUUAGUCGGUGGUUAUGGUACCAGAUUAAGACCAUUAACAUUAACUGUUCCAAAGCCCUUAGUUGAGUUUGCUAACAGACCAAUGAUUUUACAUCAGAUUGAAGCUUUGGCCAGUGCUGGUGUUACUGACAUUGUUUUGGCUGUCAAUUACAGACCAGAAGUUAUGGUUGAAACUUUAAAGAAAUACGAAAAGGAAUAUGGUGUUUCCAUCACUUUUAGUGUUGAAACUGAACCAUUAGGUACUGCUGGUCCAUUAAAAUUGGCCGAAAAAGUUUUAAAGAAGGAUAACUCCCCAUUUUUCGUUUUGAACAGUGAUGUUAUCUGCGAUUAUCCUUUCAAGGAAUUGGCUGAAUUCCAUCAAGCCCAUGGUGGUAAAGGUACUAUUGUAGCCACAAAAGUUGAUGAACCAAGUAAAUACGGUGUUAUCGUCCAUGAUAUUGCUACUCCAAACUUGAUUGAUAGAUUUGUUGAAAAGCCAGUAGAAUUUGUUGGUAACAGAAUUAACGCUGGUUUGUAUAUUUUAAACCCAGAAGUCAUUGACUUGAUCGAAUUGAAACCAACUUCCAUUGAAAAAGAGACUUUCCCAAUCUUGGUAGAACAAAAAUCAUUAUACAGUUAUGAUUUAGAGGGUUACUGGAUGGAUGUCGGUCAACCAAAAGAUUUUUUGGCUGGUACUGUUUUGUAUUUGAACUCUUUGAGCAAGAGACAACCAGAAAAAUUGGCCAAGCAAGAAAAGAACCAUAUUGUUGGUAACGUUUUAAUUGAUCCAAGUGCCAAAAUUGCCCCAAGUGCUAAAAUCGGUCCAGAUGUUACUAUCGGUCCAAAUGUUACCAUCGGUGAAGGUUGUAGAAUCGCUAGAAGUGUUAUUUUAAGUAAUUCUACUAUUAAGGAUCACGCUUUAGUCAAUAAUACUCUUGUCGGAUGGAACUGUUCUGUUGGUAAAUGGGCUAGAUUAGAUGGUGUUAGUGUUUUGGGUGACGAUGUUAGCGUUAAAGAUGAAGUCUACGUUAACGGUGGUAAAGUUUUGCCUCAUAAGACUAUUAGUAAUAAUGUUGAGCAUGAAGCCAUUAUUAUGUGA